AUGAACCCGGCUUCGGGCCAGGCUCCCCAGCAGGGCCAAGGGCAAGCUCAGCCCGGCCCUGCUGGUCAGCCAGCGCGACCUCCGCCCAUGUACCACCCGCAGCAGAUCCGAGCCUUGCCGAUGCUGAGCGAGGAGGAAAAGACCAAGUACGAGCAAGGCCUGAGAGGGUUGUGGAAUAAGGCAAACAACUCGCCAGCCAAUAGCCCCGACCAGCUCGCUGCCAGGCAGAAGAUUAUGGAGUUUUCCAAGAUGCUCAUCACCAAGAUUCACCAACGGCGGAGUCAAGCUCAGGCGCAGCAGCAACAGCAGCAGCAACCACAGCAGCAACCACAGCAGCAACCGCAACAACAACCGCAACAACAACCGCAACAACAACAACCACACCAGCAAGGCGCACAGAUCCCCCCCCGACCCCCAUCCGCGCAGCAGAACACCUCGGGCCCGGCGACUGCGCAGGCUCAGAUGCAACGGCAGCAACAGCAACAGCAGCAGCAACAGCAGCAAGCGCCGCCAGGCAGCACAAACGCUGCCCAAGGCGAAAACAACGCAUCAGGCAUCACGACGGGCCAGGCACCGAACCCACCGGCGCCGGCAGCAGCAGCCCAACGGCCCAAGCUCCCCGACUCGAUCCUGCAGCAUGCCAGCAAGAUCAUGUUUCGCCCGCCAGUGCACAUGGCGGAAAAGUCUCCCGCAGACAUUGCCAAAUGGACAGAGGAAAUGAGAGAUAGGUACGCCCGGGCCCUUUUCACCAUGGAGACCAACAAGGGAAAGGUGGCCAGCAUGGAAAAGGCCAUCAAGGACAGAUCCUCGGCCGGAAGGCCGCUCAGCGACGAAGAGCUGAGGCAGCUUCAGCUGCGUCGCGAUCAGCAAUUCAAGAUCUACAUGGACGCGAAAAAGUGGGUGGACGGCGUCCGAAGGCAGCACGAAAUCCUCAACGCUCAACAGGCAAAUCAGAACGGGCCCGGCGGCCCUAACAAACCGCAUGCCACGGCGAACCAGGCCACUGCAGCGCCGCCUGUCAAUGCCGCCGUCGAGGCAGCCAAGAACCAGCAGCAAAUGGCCGCCGCCAACAGAGCUUCCCCCGUCACCGGGACGACGACAGCACCCCAGCCACAAACGCGGCCUACGCUCAAUACGGCGCAACCUGCCGCCCAGCAAGCACAGGGACAGGCUCAGGCGCAGGGCCAGCCACACAAAUCGGAGCCAGCUCGGCCGGCACCCGUCAACACAGCGCUUGCUUCGUCCAUGGCACAAACCCUCGCUCAAGCUCAAGCUUCUGCAACCCCAGCACAGGGAGCUGCACGGGUGCAAACACCGCAGUCGUCGACCCCGGCCAACACUGCCGCGGGGCCGACGCGAGCACUCAGCCACUCUGCUGCCCUCUCGCUUGCUAAUCAGAGGGCCACCGGCACGCCAGGUAGCGCAUCUAUUCAGGGCCAGCAGCCCGGGCAACAACAGCAGCAAGGCCACCCCCACGCCCACCCUACACAGCAGCAGCAGCAGCAGCCGGCUGGUGGAAUGACGGCCAAAAUGCCUAUCCCGAAGCAACUGCCUGAAAAGGCCACGGCGGUUCCUCAAGGAGUAGCAGUUGGCGGCGGCGUCAGUGCAGGGCGGCCGACCAUGUCGCAAGGCUCUGGCACGCUCGGUGGCGUUAUGAACCAGCCGCCCAUGGCCCGGAUCCCGGCAUACAACCACGACGCCGAGGGCGACCACAUUCUCAGCAAGAAGAAACUGGACGAACUGGUACGGCAGGUGUGCGGAGGGUCUCCCGAGGGCCAAGAGGGCAACAUGCUCUCGCCCGAGGUGGAGGAGAACGUUCUCAACAUGGCCGACUCGUUUGUGGACAACGUGCUCCACACCGCAUGCCGCAACUCCAAGGAGCGCGGGUCCAAGGUGCUCGAGAUUCGUGACAUCCAGCUGGUGCUGGAGCGGACGUACAACAUCCGCGUGCCGGGCUACUCGUCGGACGAGCUCCGCACCGUCCGCAAGGUGCUUCCUUCGUCGGCAUGGAUCGCAAAGAUGAGCGCGGUGCAGGCUGCCAAGGUGAUGCCAGGCAAGGGGGACAUUUAG